GCAGUCCCCUGUGCUUGUCUGGCUGAUUGAAUGUUGCGUACACAUUUAUUUAUUUGAAAACAAUACCCAUACGUUUGGUUGCCUUUUGCAAUAUUUGUUAAAGUCGUGGUAGUAAAGGUUAAAUCUGAAGAUACUGUGUUGUAUUUAUUUGCUUUUUUUCUGUUUGGAACUUUUCCCCAUCACAUGUGCGGUUUGUGCUAUUGCCUCUGAUUCAUGGCUAAGACCCUCAUGGGUGCUAUUUUCCUAUCAAACAGUAUUGCCAUUGGUCAGUCGAUGAUCAGAUGGUUAUAUUUCCUGCUGUCCUUUCUGGCACUUGGCCAUCCAGAAUCAAACCCAUCUCGCUAACUGCUAAUAGCACAGGCAGUUGGAAUAAUACACAACAAAUCAUAACAGAGCGCAGCCAACAAAUGAGUUCGUAUUUUGUGAACUCUACUUUCCCGGUGACUCUUGCUGGUGGACAAGAGUCCUUCCUUGGGCAGAUUCCGCUAUGUUCCUCCGGUUAUGACCCUUUAAGGCACUACCCGGCUACGUAUGGGGCUACAAACAUGCAGGACAAGAGUUACCCAUCACCCUCUUACUAUCAACAAACCAACGGUACGUAUGGGUGCAAUCGGACACCCGGUGAUUACGGGGCACCCGUUUUUUACCGGGAAAAAGAACCCUCCUGUACUGGAUCAUCCAGUAGCCCUAAGUACCACUCACUCGAGGACGCAACUCACUUUAACGCUGACCAACGCAAGACCGAGUGCACACAGAACAGAAUUUUAUAUGGGGAAGCGGAGGACCAGAAGAACUCGUUGCCUGUGUACCCCUGGAUGCAAAGAAUGAACUCCAGUGGGGCCUCAGCGUUUAACCCCAACGGACGACGCGGGCGACAAACAUACACGCGAUAUCAAACUCUGGAGCUGGAGAAAGAGUUUCACUUUAACCGCUACUUGACCAGACGACGCAGGAUAGAGAUUGCACACGCACUUUGCCUCACAGAACGCCAGAUCAAGAUCUGGUUUCAGAACAGGCGGAUGAAAUGGAAAAAAGAGAACAAAUUGCUCAACUCAUCACAGUUAAGCGGCGAAGAGACAGAAGAAAAAUCAACAGAGUGAAAAAAAACAGGAAAUGUUAAGGAAAAUAAGAACGCUAUGCGGUUCUUUAUUUAAAAAUAAUGAAUAUUAAAAAGUUUACAUCUUGUUUUCCUUUGCGCACCCGUGAAGUUGUACAUUUGAGUAUUUGUUGUAAGAUUUUAUAUAAUGCUAUUGCUCCAAUAUAAAGUUAUGCAUUCCUUUGCUCGACUCUGGCAACCAUUGUUUCACUCUGGUGCCACACAGUUUUUAAUAAAUAUAGAAGUAUUCGAUGAAUUCUGUAUUUCAAUUGAGGUGUUGCAAUAUUGUGAUUUGUUUUUGCGCUGGUUUCAGCUCGGUAGUUAAUUACAAGAGUUUUGUGCACUGUGAACACUACAUUUGCUUUAUUCUAUAUGUAUGUGUGUGUGUGUGUGUGUGUGUGUGUGUGUGUGCGAGCGAUUGUAUAAAUAAUUUAAGAUAAGUUGUAAAUAUUGCCAUGGGAUUUUGGGAAAAAUGAGAGGAAAAGUUCAAAAUGUCUUUCAGAGUUCAGUCAGGUUUUUUUAAAAAAAGUAAUGGUUAUUGUGUUUGUAGCGUGUUUAAUAAAUCUUUAUCUGAUGCACCCUUAUCUGGAAUGACAAUAAAGUUUUCAAAAAUCGAA